AUGGCUCCCAUGGCCUGUCAUAUAAAUAAUGCGUGGUCCCAAGUUCGCCAGUACUCAAUGGCAGCUGAAUGUAUUUGUCCUGUUGCAGUGCUGUCGCUGCCGCUGGUGAUGACCAUAGUGAUGGUGAUGGGGGUGGAGUGCCCGGAGGAGUGGUCGGAGCUGGCGUCGGAGGAGGCGGAGGGCGAGGGCGAGGGCGGCGAGGAGCGGCGCCUGCUGUGGCGGCGCACGGAGCUGCCCGAGCGCGUCCUCAAGGCGUCGUGGGCGCUGGCCGCCAUGCGCGCGUCCUCGCCCAGCGCGCCCUUCUCGCACCGACUCGACUUCGCCAAGGAGGAGCUGCAGGGGCUGCGCGUCGACCGAAUUCCGGCCAAGAGGUUGGUUCGUCAUUGCUCCACCAGAGGCCUGGGAUCCAGCCGAGCCUCCGCGAUGCUUCGUAGUGCCCCGCUUCCAACGCCACAUCUGCGCAGAGGGCGUAUCCGCCAGCGGCGCCCUCUGAGGAGCCUUCGCCUCCAUCGCCUGCAUUUCCUUCUAUCCCCCAUCGCCUUCCGUGUCCUCAUGGUCUCCCCCGCGACGCAUCCCCUCCACUGCCAACCAUCGGCGGGAGCCGCCUCCGCCGACGUCUACGCCGCCACCUCCCCCCAGCGGUGGCCCGCGACCCCGCGCCUGCGCUCCCCGACGUCCCAGAGGCCGCCGGAGGCGCGGCGACGCCGGGCCUGGGGACGGUGUCCCGCCGCCGUACGCCGGCGGUGGCCGGCACGCGCGGCGGCGUGUGGCGUGAUGACGGCUGAGGCGGCGCCCUGGGCUCCGAGGUACGCGCCCUACAGAUGGAGAGUUGGACUCUACUUCACGUGA